AUGUCCCGCAAGCAGAUUAUCAAAUCUGCUGUCAGCGUUGCCGGCGUCGCCGUUGGCAUAGCGUUGUACCAAAGAGUCGUAGUCGGCGCCUCUGCGUUCCCAACAGCUUCACUUGUUCUCUCCGAACCUGCGGAAUUCGGCACCUACUUUUAUCCGUCCCGAGUCGCCGCAACCAUCUUCGGUGCCGAUGCUACAGACUUCGAUUACCACCUUGCCUCAGACGGCACCGCAGCUACGGAAGCUAUCGUAGCUUACAAAACAGCCUAUGCUGCAGGCGACGAGUCUCAAAUCCUUAUCAGCUUCCUAAAUGUCACGGGAGCUGGGACCCUCUCCAGUACCCAAGCUAGCGACUCAAACUUCCUCUGCAACGAGCUCUCCGGCGACAUGGCCUCUCACGUCUCCUUGUGUGGCAGCCACGUCGUUGUCCAUGACACAUCGCUUUCCACGCUUGACAAGCGGUCUCGAUGGAACUGGAUCAAAUCUGGCUCUCACGUUGCCAGCACCGCCGCGGUCAACAUCCUCUACGGCGCCCUCGGGAAUGUCCUGUACGAGAAUUUUCCCUCAAGUCCGCGAUCAUGGUGCAAUAGUGCCAAUGGUGCUACGGCCUGCUUCUCUUGGUCAAGUGUGGAGACCUUUCAGCAUUAUUAUGCGCAGAGCUUUAUAGCCGAUGCGUUGACUGCUGUUGACUUCAAUUCGAAUUCUGCACAAAGUGAUGGGGUCCUUGGAUCAAAGAAGCGUGAGGUCAAGAAGCGCAGCGCGGCUGACGUCUGUAUCUCCAAUCGUGCUGUUGGCUGUACGUAA